AUCUUAUUUCCGUUUAGGUAUUUUAAAAAGAUGGCUGGGCAAAACCAGCGCUUGAAUGUGGUUCCUACUGUCACUAUGCUUGGAGUGAUGAAAGCUCGACUUGUUGGUGCUACAAGUGGACAUGCUCUUCUCAAGAAGGUUAGGCAGAACGUGGUUGUUGGCUUCCUCUGCCACAAUAAUAACAAAUACGAUGAUAAUAGAGCAGCAGCAGCAGCAGCAGCAGCUUCUGCGGAUCGUUCACGGCCCAAUCAGUUCCUCAUUUUCCCCUCUUCCUCCUCUCCUCGAUCGGCUGUCACAGCCGCCGCCGUCAUGGCAUCCAUCGGCGGCAACAAUCUCAUCACCUCCUCCAAUCACUUGAGGCAUGUGGAUUUCAUUACCAAUUUGCCUUCCGGGGCCGGAAAGAUUUCUCACUUGAAUGCUGUCGUCUUGGGGGAAGCUUCUGCAUCUGAGCAAGCCGAUCUCGUUUUACCCAGCCAACAGUUCUCCAGCCAGGCCCUCGUUCCUUCUCAUCAAAAGUACUUGGAGAUGUACAUGAGAUCCAUUCAGGAUCCUGCCGGAUUCUGGUCCGAUAUUGCGUCUCAGUUCUACUGGAAGCAGAAAUGGCCGGAACAGGUCUUUUCCGAGAAUCUGGAUAUUCGGAAAGGCCCUAUCAAGAUUGAGUGGUUCAAAGGUGGUAUCACCAACAUUUGCUACAAUUGUGUUGAUAGAAACAUAGAAGCUGGCCUCGGUCACAAAGUCGCCCUUUACUGGGAAGGAAAUGGGCCUGGCUUUGAUGACACUUUGACUUACUCCCAGCUGCUCCACAGAGUUUGCCAGCUCGCAAAUUACUUGAAAGAUAUUGGUGUUAAAAGGGGUGAUGCUGUUGUCAUUUAUUUGCCUAUGCUAAUGGAACUUCCCAUUGCUAUGCUUGCUUGUGCCCGAAUUGGUGCUGUUCACUCGGUUGUGUUUGCCGGAUUUUCUGCCGAAUCUCUUGCUCAGCGAAUUGUGGAUUGCAAACCAAAAGCUGUCAUUACUUGCAAUGCUGUUAAAAGGGGUCCCAAGAUCAUCCACCUUAAAGAAAUUGUUGAUGCUGCCCUCAUUCAAUCUGCCAAGACUGGGAUCUCAGUAGAUGUAUGCUUAACCUAUGAAAACCAAUCAGCCAUGAAGAGGGAAAGUACUAAUUGGCAGGAAGGAAGAGAUGUAUGGUGGUCGGAUGUUGUCCCAAAAUAUCCGUACACUUGUGAAGUUGAGUGGGUUGAUGCAGAAGAUCCCCUUUUUCUACUUUAUACUAGUGGGAGUACUGGAAAGCCAAAGGGUGUUCUCCAUACAACUGGAGGAUAUAUGGUAUAUGCAGCUACAACAUUUAAGCAUGCCUUUGAUUACAAACCAUCUGAUAUAUAUUGGUGUACAGCAGAUUGUGGUUGGAUUACUGGGCAUAGUUAUGUAACAUAUGGGCCCUUGCUCAAUGGAGCAACUGUUGUUGUUUUCGAAGGGGCUCCGAAUUAUCCUGAUCCUGGGCGAUGUUGGGACAUUGUUGACAAAUACAAGGUGACCCUAUUCUACACUGCCCCCACAUUGGUGCGGUCUCUCAUGCGUGAGGGGGGGGUUUCUUUCUCAGGUUGUUUCUUGAGUGUAUACUGUUGUUUUUUAAUGAUCAGAGAUGGGGCUUGCUUUUAUGAGGUCAUUUUACUGAUUGCCAUACUGAUCUUCAUCACCAUCACGCAGUAUGUUACUCGCUACUCUCGCAAGUCCCUACGGGUCCUUGGAAGUGUUGGUGAACCCAUUAAUCCAAGUGCAUGGAGGUGGUUUUAUAAUGUAGUUGGAGACUCUAGAUGUCCUAUAUCUGAUACAUGGUGGCAGACAGAAACUGGUGGCUUCAUGAUCACUCCACUACCUGGUGCCUGGCCACAAAAGCCUGGUUCAGCUACCUUUCCUUUCUUUGGAGUCCAGCCAGUCAUAGUGGAUGAAAAAGGGGUUGAGAUUGGGGGUGAGUGCAGUGGGUAUCUAUGUUUGAAAAGCUCAUGGCCUGGAGCAUUCCGAACUCUCUAUGGUGACCAUGAGAGAUAUGAGACCACAUACUUCAAGCCAUUCCCUGGAUAUUAUUUUUCUGGUGAUGGCUGCAGGAGGGACAAGGAUGGCUACCACUGGCUCACUGGAAGAGUGGAUGAUGUUAUCAAUGUCAAAGGACAAGGAAUAUAUGCCUUUGUCACUCUUGUGGAGGGUGUUCCCUAUAGUGAAGAACUCCGGAAAAGUCUUAUAAUGACAGUGCGAAAACAGAUAGGAGCAUUUGCAGCACCAGACAAAAUACAUUGGGCACCUGGUCUUCCAAAAACUAGGAGUGGAAAGAUAAUGAGGAGGAUUCUGAGGAAAAUUGCUUCCAGGCAGUUAGAUGAGCUGGAAGACACAAGCACACUUGCUGACCCGACUGUUGUCCAUCAGCUUAUUGAACUAGCUGAUUGCUGAAACUUCAUAGAACUUGUUCUUUGCAGGUCAUCCGUUGAGGACUGAAUCCUGUUGAAGGUCGUGAAAGUUGUACAUUCUGCAAAGCACUUGUUUUUCUUUAUCCUUUCUCUUACAAGGGCAAUAUGUGUCAGAUUCAGAUGUGUUAAACCGGUUAAUACCUUGUCUUAUUUUCCAUUUUUCUUUUUCAUUUUUUUUUAAGUGCAUGGAAAUUUGCCUUCUGAAAGUCAGUUAGCUGAUUGGGAAUUUGCUGUUUCUCAGCAUUCAGCUGUACCACAAGGGAUAUUGGUGUGCAGCAGAUUGUGGUUGGAUUACUGGGCAUAGUUAUGUAACAUAUGGGCCCUUUCUCAAUGGAGAAACUGUUGUUGUUUUCGAAGGGGUAAGGGAUUGUCGACCUGUAAAUACAUUGAGAAUUCAGAU